AUGAAGGCCUCGUUUCAAGACAAGCACGAAGAUGAGGCUAAAGGGCUGGGACUCGAGCUACGGAACACGACAUCAGCUUCUUCAAGGACUUCUAGCAGCCACGGUUCAUUAUCUGAGAAAGACAAAGGGUUAGCUAUUGAGCCCCGAGUUCUGCAUGGAUACACUCUCACUAGGGAGGUCUCUUUCCGUGACGUUUGCGUCGCCAUACGGGACAGCGCCUUCGCCGCUAACGACCUCCCCGUCAUUGUAUCUCUAGAAGUUCACUGCUGUGCUGAGCAACAACUUGUCAUGGUUCGUAUCAUGCGCGAGAUUUGGGAUGGCUUACUUUUGGAAAAACCUGAAGUUGAGCCAGUGGAGCUACCAAGCCCAAAUUCCUUGCGCAAUAAGUUGCUUAUAAAAGUUAAGUACGCGCCGCCUGAAGAGCCUGUAUCUGCUACAAGCAGUGGCGAUGAAGAGGGAAACAAGUCUGUCACUUCAAACAAGAUGACCCAAGAGCUGAGCAGCAUGGGUAUUUACACUCGCGGCAUGUCUUUCAAGGUUCUUGACGCCCCAGAAGCAUCAAAUCCGAUGCAUGUUUUCUCAUUAUCGGAGACAAAAGUGCAAGACGUGCUGGAUACAGCCGCCUACGAACUUUUCAACCACAACAGAUACUAUUUCAUGAGGACGUAUCCCAGCGGUGCCCGUAUCGAUUCAUCCAACAUGGAUCCGUCGAGCUUCUGGAGAAAGGGUAUUCAGAUGGUAGCUCUGAACUGGCAGACGUGGGAUACAGGAAUGAUGAUAAACCAUGGCAUGUUUGCAGACACACAAGACUGGAUUUUGAAGCCUCCGGGAUAUCGCCCGCAUCUCCGGGGAAAACCAGCCUCAAACAUAAUCAACACGAAAGACAUUAAACUUUCCAUCACCUUCUACUCCGGUCAAAACAUCCCCCUUCCGAAAGGUUACACGUCCCCACGGAAAUUUAGCCCGUAUGUCAAUGUGGAACUUCACGUCGAAGGACCUGGCGAUGAUCACAGCGUCGAAAGCGAGACAUAUGAGCGUGACGAAAAGUAUACUGAUUUCACAACCUCACACAAAGGUUGCGACAUCGACUUCCAACAAGAUCACAUUAGUUUCCCGCACAUUAACGGGGUCUUGGAAGAGCUAUCGUGGGUGAGCCUUCAGGUUAUGGAUGAGGGUUUCAAGUGGGAUCAGUUGGCAGGGUGGGCGUGUAUACGGCUGGAUCGGCUGGGAAAUGGGUAUCGGUUUGUGCAUCUGUUGGACGGUCAAGGGACGCCAACAGAGGGCGUGAUCUUGGUAAAUGUUGAGAAGAUCGUAACUUGA